UAUUUAGCUAGCCAUGUUAGCUUGUUAGCCGGGAUGACACCCAAAGGAAUGGCGAGCCUCUGAGCAGUUUCUGCGAAGAUCUCACCGAUACACACCAUAGCAUCAUCGUUAAAAGGACUUUUACAGCUCUCUAGAAAAUACGCAGCGGAUGGCCCGGACAGCACUUGUCGUUGGACCUACAUAGAUAAGGGGACGCCAAUCUGAACCUCUGAAUGAGUAAUGAACCUAAACCCCUUCUGGAGCAUGUCUGCCAAUACAAGUCGUAAGCAGAGAGCUGACAGUGAGGAAAAGGGUGGGCACGGGGAACAGAGAGCCAGCCCAGCCCGGCUGCCCUUUGGCAAAAAGCAGCUUCCACCCAUUCCUAAGAAUGCAACCCCCAUUACCAAGCCUGCAUCAACUGGCACCCCAGUCCAGUCAGCAAAUGGCACACAUGCCUCCUAUGGCCCCUUUUAUUUGGAGUACUCCCUGCUGGCUGAGUUCACACUGGUGAUUAAGCAGAAACUCCCUGGAAUUUAUGUCCAGCCAUCCUACAAAUCAGCACUAAUGUGGUUUGGGGUCAUAUUCAUCAGACAUGGCCUGUACCAGGAUGGAGUCUUCAAAUUCACUGUGUAUAUUCCUGAUAACUAUCCAGAUGGAGAGUGUCCUAAACUAGUAUUUGACAUCCCAGUCUUCCAUCCCCUUGUUGACCCUGUGUCUGGAGAGCUUGAUGUCAGAAGAGCUUUCACUAAAUGGAGACGGAAUCACAACCAUAUCUGGCAAGUCUUGAUGUACGCACGUACAAUUUUCUACAAGAUCAAUACCACGGAACCACUGAACCCAGAGGCGGCUGUGCUAUAUGAAAAGGACGUUCAGUUAUUCAAAAGUAAGGUGGUGGAUAGUGUGAAACUAUGCAACAGUCAUCUUUUUGACCAACCCAAGAUAGAGGAUCCCUACGCAAUAAGUUUUUCCCCCUGGAACCCAGCUGUUCAUGAGGAAGCAAAGGAGCGAAUGUUCACAAGCAAAAGACGGCCUGAGGAUCACCACAAGGGAACGCAAGUGUCAGGGCUGUCUUGGGUGAAGCCUGGGUCGACACAGCCCUUCAGCAAAGACGACAGUCCUCCACAGAGCUGAACCUGCGCUGUCUCUGCAGCAGCCACUAGAGGGAGGCAUGUGCAUCAGAUGCCACGCCACUGGCUUGCCUCAGCUGUUUAUGUGAACUGGAUCCUUGAAACAGUUGGGAGAACUUUAUGUUAAAUCUCCACGUUAUUGCUCAGCUUUAAAAGCUUUGUAGGCAUCUCCUCAAACAGCUUUAGAAUAAGGAAACCAAGUUUGUAUUAUAUGUAAAUCGACGAUGACAAAUGGAUGUCUCAGCAACAUCAUUUAGGCUGUGAUGCAAUCAAAGAGCUUUCUCAUUUAGAUUUUCAGAUCCAUGCACAUGUUGGGCUCGGUGAUACAACAUACUGUCCCAAAAGGAGCUGAAAAGAAUGAGUAAAGCAUUCAUGUGGUAAGUAUAGGGGACAAAAUGAUCUCGACCACUUGUUGAAAUUGGCUCAGGACUGUUUAUUUGUCAGACUUGGAAUGUUGUCAGUCACAGCUGUGUGAAUGAAACCUCCUAAACGCCACCCCUCCCAUUACGCAAUUAGAUUGACAUGAUUUGUUUUAUGUUUCUUAUUGGACAAUGAUUUCUUUUUAAUCCCACUGAGUAAACUAUUGUCUUAGUUUCUAAUAUAAAUAUAUGAAUAUAUAUAUAAAGCAGAGCAGGCAGGUAUGGUUUUAAAUGAGAUCUAAAUAAGGAAGCUCAUUUAUUUUAUUUUGUCUGAUUUUUAAAUCAUUUUGAAUGUUUUAUGUACCUUUUGGCUGUCAGUUAUUAAAGGUUUGAUGUGUAAAUAAUGGAUGCUGUGCUAAGCUUUGACUUUUAUAGACCUGUCUACAUUGAAGGUGGAUUUAUUAAGUGGAUUCUUUGGUUGUCUUUGCAAAUGUUUCUUCAGCUUCCUCACAGCUCUGGUCAUCCCAGAUCAAAUAAGUUACUGCAGGAUUCCCACAUAAGUCUGAGGGAAAAUCAGAGAUGUAUUUUGGUAAGGUUUGGUUAUUAAUUAGGUUCUCAGCUGCACAAAAUCGAUUUUUGUCCAGCUGCAAGAACAUAUCGUUUCUGUUGUGCCAGACAAAUGUCAUGUUGUAUCUAAUGUCCUCGUCUCUUGAGGGCUCUGGCUUGAUUGUUAAUAAUAUUGCCCAGCAACUUUCAAUAUGCAGAUAUUGUCUAAGUAUGUGUGGGAAAAGGAUGGACAUUUUAAUAUGUGUGCGAACCCCAGAGGAAAAUCACUAUAGCCUAUUAGAAAAGCAGAUAUGGUGCUGAAACCUGUUAUAUCUAUUUAUAGCUGCUGUGAAAGGCAAGGACGUAACAAAAUCUCAGUGUACUUCACACACUGACAUUUGGGCUGCUGGCUUCCUCAAAUGUGUGAGUUUUAGUGUGUUCCAUAUGGACCCAUUCCUGCUCCAGUUUGUGAAAGACUUUACUGCAUAGAUGACAUAAGGUUUCAAUGCUUUUCUCUGAAUCAAUAAAAAUGAUCAAAAACUAAA